UACUAUGAAAAAGGAUGAAUAUUUAAAAAAAAAUUCAUAAUAAAAUGAAUGGAUAGAUCAAGUCUAAUAAUUUUCAGCUGAACGUUCUACUGAACAGCAAUCAAACCAGAAAUGGAAACCAUAAGGGACAUUCUUAUCACAUUAUAAAAAAAAUCUGCGGUCUUGCAAUUGUAAUUGGUAAGAUAUAUAUAUAACCCAUUGCCAUACAAAUAAGAUAACUAUUCACCAGACUUAUUUGAUGCCAACGUAAUAUUUAACUGAUAGAUAAAUCUAAUAGCUUUCUGAAUAAUGAACAAAAAUCCUGAUCAGAUUAUCCAGAUAUGAGCAAUAAAUAAGUACAAUGAUACCUAAAGUAUUUUGAACUACUGAGUAGCCCGCAUGGAAAAAUAUAUAUGUGAAAAUUAUAUGCAACAUAUAUGUCACAUUGAGGACAAUUUUUUAUAGUUCCACUCGCUCGAAAAAUCGUCAGUAUUCCACCACCAGGGGGUUGCCAAUGUAAUGCACAUAAAUAGUAUUGUGAAAAUAAAAUUCAUUGGUGCAUGCCGGAAUCGAACCUGGUCCAACGCUGUAGUAAGCAAGUACCUUGUUCGAUAGUUUAUUGCCAGCCCUGACAUAUAUGUGGCUAUAUAGUAAAAAUAUAGACAUUUAUGCCGACAUUGAUCGAGAAGUAUAUUUUUAUAUAAGUGACAUAUAUAAUACAGAUAUGUUUGCAUAUAUUUUCCCGUUGCGAUUAUCCUGUAUUGCAUGUAUCUAAAAGUAGUAAUAGGUAGCAGGGGAGUUUAGGGCAGAGUGGGCCCUUUAAGAAAAAUAAUUAUUAUAUCGUUAAUUUUUUCAUCGCGUUUACUUAUUUUUAGACCCUUGAUACUUAUUUUCACUUCAUUGAAACGUCUUUUUUCGCGGCAAAAUAUUUUUUUACGUUAUUUAAAAAAAUAUAUAUUUUGAUAAUUGUAAAAUAUAUACCUACGUAUAUGCAUUCAUAUAUUUAGACAUUUAUAUAAGAAUAUAAAAGACAUAUAUGCAUCCAUAUAAGUACAUAUCUAUGCAGAAAUAGAUGCGUAAUUAUAUGUCAGCAUGUAUGUAGACAUAUAUUUCGACGUAUAUACGAUAUAAUAAUUAUUUUCCUUAAGGGGCCCACCCUGCCCUAAUUUGCACAUUAUUUUGCAUGUUCGUCAAUAAAACAAUGCGGGGAUAAAGGAAAUUCUUAUCUAGUUUUAAUCCCGGUUUGGUGGAGUAUAUAAAGCGCUGUCGAACCGAGUAAAUCAUAUUAGUGUUGAUAUCGCUACCAUAAUUACAGUAGUGUCUGUACCAUCUCUGUAAAAAUGUCGCAAAUUACUUUAAUAAUUCUCGUCCUGGCCAUUGGCUUCUCAUGUACCAAAAGCCAUCCAAUUAACUCUACACGUGACGGGGAGGAUUCAGGAACUGAUCUUAAGAAUCUUCUAACAGAACCUGCAAACACCACUUAUGCUACGAACUCAACGCUUACAAGAAAAGAAUUGAACAGUACUAUACAGCCGGAAAGAAAUGAUGAAGGUUCUGCAAUAAGAAAAAUAAUGGCAUCAAAAAAAGAUGAAAAUAUUACUGGUCAAUCCGAAAUCAAUACAAGUGCCAAAAGCCAGCCAAUUAACUCUACACGUGACGGGGAAGAUUCAGGAACUGAUCUUAAGAAUCUUCUAACAGAACCUGCAAACACCACUUAUGCUACGAACUCAACGCUUACAAGAAAAGAAUUGAACAGUACUAUACAGCCGGAAAGAAAUGAUGAAGGUUCUGCAAUAAGAAAAAUAAUGGCAUCAAAAAAAGAUGAAAAUAUUACUGGUCAAUCCGAAAUCAAUACAAGUGCCAAAAGCCAGCCAAUUAACUCUACACGUGACGGGGAAGAUUCAGGAACUGAUCUUAAGAAUCUUCUAACAGAACCUGCAAACACCACUUAUGCUACGAACUCAACGCUUACAAGAAAAGAAUUGAACAGUACUAUACAGCCGGAAAGAAAUGAUGAAGGUUCUGCAAUAAGAAAAAUAAUGGCAUCAAAAAAAGAUGAAAAUAUUACUGGUCAAUCCGAAAUCAAUACAAGUGCCAAAAGCCAGCCAAUUAACUCUACACGUGACGGGGAAGAUUCAGGAACUGAUCUUAAGAAUCUUCUAACAGAACCUGCAAACACCACUUAUGCUACGAACUCAACGCUUACAAGAAAAGAAUUGAACAGUACUAUACAGCCGGAAAGAAAUGAUGAAGGUUCUGCAAUAAGAAAAAUAAUGGCAUCAAAAAAAGAUGAAAAUAUUACUGGUCAAUCCGAAAUCAAUACAAGUGCCAAAAGCCAGCCAAUUAACUCUACACGUGACGGGGAAGAUUCAGGAACUGAUCUUAAGAAUCUUCUAACAGACCCUGCAAACACCACUUAUGCUACGAACUCAACGCUUACAAGAAAAGAAUUGAACAGUACUAUACAGCCGGAAAGAAAUGAUGAAACUUCUGCAAUAAGAAAAAUAAUGGCAUCAAGAAAAGAUGAAAAUGUUACUGGUCAAUCCGAAUUCAAUAUAAGUACGAAUUCUAACUUAAAUACUACUACCCACCAUGAAGACGCAGUUGUCAGCCCAACUGAAAAAGUUUAUGUCCCCAACAAUGCAUCGUCCGCAGAACUAAACGUAUCAUCUACUAUUCAACCUAAAGAAGCAGAUGCAACUACUUCCUCGGCAAAUGAUAUUAAGAAACCUGCCUUUCCGUAUUGCAUUAUACUAAUAACCUUCCAGAUUGUAACGGUUGGAAUGAUUAUAUACUUAGUUUUUCGUACCAUGCGUAAGCCUUGUCAAUCCGAAAGAGCAAUUCCAUUAAACACAUUCGGCUUUGGAAAUAAUAGUUCUCACGAGUGAUCCGUAAUCAUUUAGUACUUUCAUUAUUAUUUUUUAAAACUCUUCAAGACUCCACUCAUGGAAACUUAGUCAUAAUUUCCAAGAGCUUUUUCACAUUAACCAAUAUGUAAUCUGUAUCUUAUGUUGUAGAAAUUUUUUAAAUAUAAAUUGCUUACUUUGUAGAGUGUAACUCCAAGAAAUACCUAUUAUUAACAUUAUCUAUAAGUUAUGGUUAAAUAAAGAUAUUUUUUCAGAACAUGUUUUUUGACUUAUUCUACAUAACCUCAAUGCAAACGCAACCCGCACUCUAUUCGAUUCUACCCCUCAUCGAGCUGAUAGGUUUUUACAAAGCAUUGCUUACGUAAUGCCAUAUUUCAUAUCUUCAAAAUCCAACUAUGUUUCAACAACCGACCUAGAAUGAAAAGUGAUAUUAAAAGAAACAUAUUUCUUUUUGAUAGUUUUGCUUAACAUAUUGCAGCUCAACAAAUACCGACAUCAUCCAAAUAAGUCAAUAAGGAUGAUGAAAUUUGAAGUCAGCUAAAUUAUUAUUUUGUUUUAACUUUAAUUCUUCGAAUUGUCGAUUUUUGACCUACAUAUUAACGCUCGGUAAAUAUAAUAUUAAAACGUGACUAAUGACAUGUAUUAUUGUUUUUGAACUAAAAGUUCUCAUCACCGACAAAGGAAAAACCAGUGCUCGUUUACCGAUAAGGUUUAUCAAAAUAUACAAUACAAUACCAAUUUAAUAUAGUGGAAACCUAAAACAUGCAAACCUUCUCAAUAAGACAAUUUAUAGAUAAAUUGAGAAAAAUAUAGAUAGCCCGAACUGGGAAUCGAACCCAGACCAUGUCGGUAUCGCGCCGAGUGCUCUACCAGUUGAGCUAUCCGGCACUAUACUAUAUUCCGUUCAAUUUUAUCUAUAACUUAUUGAGCCACACCGUCCAUCGUACGGUAUUAACACCAAUUUAAUAUAGUGGAAACCUAAAACAUGCAAACCUUCUCA